UAUGCGAACCUGAAAAUAAAAAAAAUAAAAAACGCGUUAUCGGAAAAGGUCAUCUUGUGUAAUUUCACACGUGAUAACAAUUGGCCAUUGACUUUUGUUCCCUCUCUCAAACUCUCACCGUCGGAGACCGAUUCGGAGAAUCUCUCUCUAAAAACUCUCUCAGAAAUUCUCAAAGAAGGCUUAGGGCGAUUGGGAGAAUCUUUCUCUAAAACUCUUACCGGCUAAGGAUUCUCGCAGGAGGGUUUAUGGAUUACGGUUGCAGAUGUUCUUCUUCGUCUUCUCUGAUUGUUUAUGACUCGUCCUUCCGUCUGAUUCUUCUUACCCUAUUUCAACCGUCCGAUCUCUUGCUGUCUCUCUCCAUUCGAUUCACACCUUGGUUACGAGACCUCCGCUAACAUAGACCACUUCGUAUUUAUUUAUAAUACACAAAAUCCACAAAGAAAGGUCUCUGAAAGAGAAGUUUUUGCCUUGUGGUGCUGUACAAACAAAUUAAAGAGUUACUUCAUUACCUAGUAAAUACAUAUAGCAGAGGAACACACUUAAAGAAUGAUAUGUGCCAUCCUAGUGCAUGACAUAAGACGACCAUUUCAGCUAGCACUUUGCAUAUGAAGAUGUCAAUGAGGAGGACUAAAUCACCUGGGUGGGCUGCAUUUGACCUCAAACAGCGACAGAAAAAAGUUUUUGUACCUGAAGGUGAAGCUGAUUCUUACCCACCUAUGUCGAGCGCUAUCGCUCCUCUUCAAACAUGCCAAAACCUUGUGAAGAACAAUGAUCCCUCGGCAAAGUCUUUCUCAUCUGUGCUACUCCCUUCUGCAAAUUUUCCGUCUUUGGUGAAUAAGGAUUUUGGGAAGCCAUUAUCAAACAGCAAUUCUAAUGAAAAACAUUGCAAUGCAGUCUCUGAGGAAUACUCUGUUAUUCUGGCUUGUAAAAAGCUUAGAGAGAUCCACUGUUGGGCUGACAGAAGCUUGAUUGAGGAUAUUAUGAAAGCUGUAGAUAAUGACAUUGACAAGGCCUCAACUUUAUUGAAAGAAAUGGUUUCUUCUGGUAGCUCUGAGGGGAAUAACAGAACAGUCAGCGGACUUAAAUCUAAUUCUAAGGAUUUUCUCUGUGACAACAAUUUAUUGCGAGAUAAAGGUGUUUCUUUAGGAGAGAGCACAAGCCUUGCAGAACUUAGCCAUGUUCUUGAAGAUUGUUUUAAUGACAAGAAUAAAGAACCAAUACAUGGCCAUACUUCUCGAGUAGAAAAGCUUUCUGAUGACAUUGAAUGUAUGAAACUGACUUUGCAGCAGUUGAGUUCUAUACCUGUUGAGCCUGAUUGGGAGGAAGAUGACAUUUACUUGAUUCAUCGAAAAGAUGCAUUAAGGAUGAUGAGGUCAGCGUCUCAUCAUUCAAGGGCAGCUACUGAUGCUUAUCUAAGAGGUGAUCACUUCUCUGCCCAACAGUCUUCAAUAAAGGCUCGGAAGGAAUGGCUGGCUGCUGAAAAGCUUAAUGCAAAGGCAGCGAAGGAAAUUAUAAGUAUCAGGAAUUGUAACAACGAUACCUGGAAAUUGGACUUACAUGGUCUUCAUGCAGUAGAAGCGGUUCAAGCUUUGCAGGAACACUUGCAGAAGAUCGAAUCCCAGGUAUUAUUAAAUCGUUCAGUAUCUCCUAGUAGAACCAACGAGAAAGCUGGUUUUGUAUGUUCUGCAUCUCUUGAAUCUUUGGGUUGUAUGGACAUGGAGAAGUUGGAUACACAACAGGCAUCAUCAAGGCAGAGACCAACAUCAUUGCAUGUUAUAACAGGUAUAGGCAAUCAUAGCCGGGGACAAGCUGCACUUCCAGCAGCUAUCAGAAAUUUCCUCGAUGAGAAUGGAUACCGCUACCAUGAGGCAAGACCAGGGGUAAUUACAGUACGGCCCAAGUUCCGUCGCCAGUGAAUCCUUAAGGUUGAUCUGGCUGACUAAUACACAAGGGUGUAGCCGUUUAUCUAGGAAAACACCUUAUCUGGGUUUUCGCAGAAUUGGCAAAGAGAUCAUUUGUAUUUCCGCACUAAUUUAUGCAUUCUGCUCAUGUAAAAACGAUGUUGUUGAGCACUUAUUUUCCUGUAUGAAAACUCAAAAAUUUUGUUAUUAAUAUUAUUAUUUUUUUUUCCUGAA